CGGCUACAGUUGUCGUUGUGAUUACACUUCCAUGCCGACCGUUGAGCAGUGAGGAGCGUUUGAAUUUCGCGUGUUAGCGUGUUUGUUUAUAAGCGUAUUGGAAAACAAAAAUAAAAGUGGAAACGUCAUAACUUUAAAACAGUUAUACCGUCUUGCUGCGAUGCGCAUAAAGUGCCAUUUUAAUUUGUCGCGCUUGCCUGCGGUUUAUUACACUGGCGAGCAAAUUUCAGGCACUCUUGCAUUGACAGUAAAGAAGAAGCCAAUUGCGCUAAAAGGCAUAACCAUCUCACUGUGCGGCACGAGCAAUGUCAGUUGGCACGAGCCUGCAGCGCACGCAGUGCUACAAGUGGAGCAUAACGACAGCACACUCGCCCAGGCUGAGCCACCUGCUGGGAUAGAUUAUACCGCGCAGAAAGUGCAUAUUGAACAAUUUCAGAAACUAAGUGGAGCUUUGAUCUUGCAGCCUGGCUGGACAGACCUUGGCAACUUUGAAUUUACACUGCCCAACAAAUUGCCAGGUAGUUGCUCUCUUCCGCUGGGCUCUAUUAGCUACGCACUGUUGGUGAAGCUGGAACGCGUAUCGAAGCCUGAAAAGAUCUAUCAGCAAAAGCUUUGCAUAAGAAAACACAUCGAAUUUUUUGAACUGAAUGCAGGCCACUGUGAGAGCGCCGCCUUACGUCUCAGCUUGCAUCGCAGCGUCUUUGUGCCUGGCCAGCGCAUAAUCUAUCGUCUGCAAGCCAAGGAGCCUGCCCGCAUCUUCCAGAGUCAGACUCGUCUUUGCCAAUGCAUUAGCUAUGCCAGUCAGCAGCCUGUGGCCAAGAUCAAUCAGGUAGUGCGUGUGCUAAUCGCGAGUACCGAGCCAACUGAUGCACUGCGUCUGCCGCGAUUGGCGCCUCUUAUGAGCCAACAGCUCGAGGAGCCCAUACAAAUAUCUUACUAUCUGGAAACUUUGUCCAACUGCUCUGAUCCGCUUAAAAUACCGUUGUAUGUAGGAAGUGUGGCACCACUUGUUGUUGAUCAACAGCUUGCUUGCACUGAUUUCACGAGAGCUGGAUGUUAUGUUAACCUGGGUCUGACGGAGAUCGAGCCGAUGUUCUAUUCCAUGCGACAGCUGUUGCCAAUCAACAACUAUUCACAAGAAACGAAUGCUCUGGGUCUGCCGCAGAAACUCAAGUUACUGCAGCUCCAGAAGAAACAGUCGUACGUGCACUUAGCAAUACGGCAUUUCUACAAAAGUCUUUUUCCAUAAUUCGAUUUACUUUAUUCAACUGACAUUUUUAGUUAGCUUCGUACGUGCAAUGAAAUAAUUUCAAGUUUUUGUUCAAUAAUUGGGUGUGAGUAGUAAAAAAAAAACUAAAAUAAUAAACAAACAGUUAAGAAUAAUUGUCGGGUCGAUUGAAUUUGAAGUGAUAAACAAGUAGUUGAAUCCCCACAAGGGAAGUUUUCAUUUAAAAAAUUUUUGUAUCCCCACUUUUUUUUGUUCAAGAUG